AUGCAAAAAUAUUUGACAGAGCCUACAAACGACUUCAGGUUUUUUCAGUCAUACUCUCUUGGCCCAUUUCGCAUUGUUCUCUUCAGCUAUGACCAGCUCAAAAUUCUGCACCAAGAAAAAUUGAGGUAUGACAAAAACUCGAGUACUGAUAAACCACCAAGAUUUUUGGUGGAAACAGAUGCGUCUGGCGGAAUGUGUGCCCCAAUUAAAAACUUGAACAGUGACAAAAGAAUCAACAAUUAUGCGAUAGUAAGACCUGUCGGCAUUCCUGGAGAUUUAUCGUCCAAAACUGUCAUGUCAUUUGGCGAAAUGAUAACGAAUGAUCAUUCUAGUCAAAACAUCAGCGUUUUCUACAGAGAGCUGAAAUGUAGAUUCAUUGAGGAGUUUAAUUAUUGGCCUCCAUUCGAAGGUAUUAUUACAGAUAAAUGCUGGGCCCAAAUCAAAAGCAUCAUUGAAAUUAACGAUGGCAUCAAUGUGUUAAGUUAUCUUAAUUCUAUGCAUCGGUAUGUCGUCGAAGACAAAUACAAUAAACUGAUAAGGUAUAUAGACAAACUAUAUGUCCUGGCGUUUCUGUGUGUCUAUCUCAGCAAAAAUUUCAUAAAGGAUUCGAAAAACUUACUUCAGGAUUCAAAAGAAGAACGAAUUGCAAAAAUUUUUUUCGUUGAGUUGGUCCACUGUAGGGAUUAUCAAUCAUUUCUGCAAAUGAUAGAGCAAUUUUUCAUCUAUUUCCUUGCGCGUGACGAUAGCGAGAAAGUGCAAACAUUGCAUUUCCUUAAAUACAACACAAAGUUUUGGGAGGAAAUCGAGAGUGACACAACCGAAGUAGAAACAGCCAUGGUUGAUAAAAAAGACGUAGAAAUAAUAUACAAAAACUCGGAGUGGUAUAAAGUAUGUGAAAGAAUCUAUAUAGUGAAAUUGAAAAAGUACGGCCACAAUAAAAAUGAAAAAACAAAUUUCAUUGAUUUUGUUAUGAAGAACUAUUUUUCCCUUGCUCCUAUGUGGACGAGCAUACUGCACAGGAAGAAGUCUACGCCAAAUCCAAGUGAUGAUUUAAAAUUUCGCUGUAAUACUAACAACAUCGAGAACUACUGGGGUAUCGUGAAAGAAGAUCUAAGAUCAAGAGUAAUUGAGAUUGGGAAAAUGCCAAUACCAGCUGAAAAGCUUAUUGGGUAUUCAGAAGACCAAACAAUGGCAAACGUCGUACGCUAUCGUGAAAAAAUACCGAAGGGGAGAUUGAAUGCUAGGAAAGGGACAUUUAUACAAAGGAAAUCUGCAAAUAGGAAAGACCCUAAAACAAAUACAUCACCUGGUCUGACUCUGUCAGAUUUGAAAAAUGUAAAGGCGCAAUGGGGAAGAACUCCAAAGCAUAUAAGCGAUUCUAAGAAAAAAAAGGCUUUCAAAUCUAAGAAACGGCUCUUUGAAAGCAAUUUAAAAAAUGUUAAAUGCGUUAAAAUACCGGCAAAUGAGGAUUACCAGAGCAUAUGUAAACGGCUGUCUGAAAUAUUUCCGAAUAAACGUAUAUACUUCGGAAGCAAAACAUUCCAGAACAGAAACAUUUACAUAGAUUUGCCAGAUCUACAAACGGUGCAAAAUGGAUGGCUGCUGGAUUCGGUUGUAGAAUGGAUGCUUGCUACAGAGAUAGAAAAACUGCGAAAAGUGGACGAAGUAAUGUUACUCGAACCUUAUGCAGCAUCCAUUCUAUUUGACGAACGCAACGCAAGACAGGAGAAUAAGGAUAUCAUUGAUUUCUACUACGCGAAGAUGAUUUCGAAAAAUGCUCACAAGAUACUUGUACCAUAUUGUAAUGGGGCUCAUUUUCAAUUGAUUUUUAUCGAUAUGGAUCGUAAAAUGUUUCGAUGUUGGGAUUCAAACAUCAUUGGAAGCCCAGCAUCGAAACUUUUCGCAACGUUGCAGAAAAAUGAUCCAUGUAACUGGGCAUCCACUCAAUGGACUGUGGAGGAUGUCCCCUGCAGUCAACAAAAUGACGCAGAUAGCUGUGGCAUAUUUUUAACUGAAUAUGCCACAGCGUUGCUCAGGGGACAACCCAAAUAUGAAAUUGGUGUGGAUCCCAAAACAUGGCGCUCUUGUAAAUAUAAACAAUUGUAUUUACAAUGCGUCUUUGAUUAUCCGGCUUGCACGAUUUGUGGCGAAAAUGAAUUUAAAAUGCUAAAUCUAAGAUGUAAAACUUGCCCAUUUAAAUGCUGUGACAAGUGUGCAGGUCGGAACAUAAAGAAAUGU